UAACUCCUGGUCAUGGAGGGCCGGAGUACAAGAUACAAUGAAUCGUGAAAUAAGGAAACACUUGAAAAGACCGGCAAUAUUGACACUAAAUUGUCUUGCAAACCGCGGUGGCGUCAUCGCCUGACGUCACGCGCCGUGUGUGACGUCUACGCUGGUUGCCAACUUCAGCCUCGCUUGUUUAUCCUGGCAACCAUGGCGGAGGCAGAGUGCGAGUCCCAGGCAGACGACAAUCCGGAGUUUUCCGAGCUCGGGGCGCACGAAUUGGUGUUGCUCGUAGAAGAACUCAGCCGCUCCAAUGGUGUCCUCAAGGCCGAGACGGAGAUGUUCCAGAGGUACAUCAGCCGCCUGGACCCCAAAGACCUGGCUCCGGCGGCCGCGGCGGAGCCCACCCUGGGCGUGUCCCAGGCGGAGGUCACCCAGGGCCAGGGCCAGGCCCGGGGCCGGAGCAAGUCCAAGAGCCGCUCGUUCACGGCCGAGCGGCUGCAGCGACUGACGGUGGAGCAGAAGUGCGACGUGGCCCAGCGGGAGCUGGAGGAGACGAGAGAGGACCUGGGCAGACUGAAAGAGGCCUCGGAGCGAGUUCUCAACAACUACAGGGCCACUACAGAAGAGGCUGAUAUCCGGCUGGUGGAAAUAAAGAAGGCCACGUAUGAAUUUGAGCGUGAUGUCGCCCGGGUCCUGCAGGAGAAGAGAGGUGUCAUGAUGGGGGCAGAGAAGGUAGUGCGGUAUAUCGAGGACAGAACCAGGGCAAAGGACACACUGGCAGAGAAACUGCGACUGAAAAAUGCAGCCCUGAAGGUGCAGAAGAAGAAACUACAAAUGCAGCUCAGACAGAAGGAGGAGAUGGGUGAGGCUCUGCAUGAGGUGGACUUCCAGCAGCUGAAGAUCGAGAACAGCCAGUACCUGGAGAAGAUAGACGAGAGGAACCAGGACCUCCUGCGCCUCAAGCUCCUGGCUGGGAGCACCCUGCAGGUCCUCAACUCCUUCAAGAAAAAACUGCAGAGCACCACCCAUGAGUCCAACCUGCUUGACAACGAGAUUGCCUCCAGGAGAGACAUGCUAGUGAAGAUAGAGGCUGAAGCGGUGCAGGCAGAGGAGGAGCGAGCCAAAGCCGAGGCCCUGAACAGGAGGCUGCGCGGCCAGCUGUCGGACUACCGCGUCCCCCAAGUCCUGGAGUACGUGCACGGCAAAGUCAGGCACUGCGAGCUGGAGCAGAGCGUGCGGGUGUGGGAGCGCAAGGUGGAGAUCUCCGAGAUGGCUUUGAAAACGCAUCUUAAAGCCUGGAACAAACUGAAAGCCUCCAGUGGGCAGCAGCAGGACUGGGUGCCUGCAUAGAGGGGCCGGGGAGAGGAAAAGCAACUGGCGUGUCUUUACAGGAAACCCUUCAGUCUCGACUCAGACAGGCCACCACAGGAAACUGACGCAGCAGCCUGUGGACCGCCUCCCCCGACCUGCAGCGUUUCCAAAUAAAUUAUAUCAACUUUGGUUUAUCAUGAA